GCAUCAGUUGAUCACACUCACUUCCCAGUCAUCAUCAACAUGAAGUACUCCUGUGUUCUGCUCCUUUUGGCCACCGUCGCCUGUUUCCUGGUGAGCCUGUCCAGUGCCAGUACCACGACCACGACCACGACAGAUGCCACCACCACUACGACCACCGCCUCGUCCUCGGACACCACCACCACCACAGCCUCUUCCUCAGACAGCACAACCACCACCACGGCAUCCCCCUCCUCCUCCAAGAAGAAGCACACGAUCCACUACAAGCGCAAGGUGCACCGCCCCAAGAAGGUCAAGACGAUCCACAGGAAGAAGAACCGCAGCGGUUAAGGAUCUUAGAUACCCACAGACCCGCUUCCAACUAACGUGAACUCCGACUUCCGAAGACAACUGCCAUAUCAUUAAGAAUACUAUAUUUAUUGUUCUGCAAACCAACUUAUAUACUAUUAUUAAAUACAAAGAAAGAUAUUCCAAUAUUUUACUAUUAAAUAGAUUUGCCUUUGUUACGAACUCUAACUCCUUAAAGUCA